GGUUUUUUUUUAGUUUAUUAAACAGUGUUUACCUGAGCUCGCCGUUCGGCAUUUAGAACAUUUUAUAAAAUAAACUCGUGGCCGCGCGUAGAAGUUAACACAAAUAUGGCAGAUGACACCAAUGAGGAUAGCUGGUUGUACGGCACAUCGAAUCCAGACUCAACGACCAACGAAAUAUCAAACGGCAGCGAUGCAUUGGCGGCGGAGCACGAGGCACUCGCAGCAGUGACCGGUGAGAAGCCUGGAACUGGCGCGUUGCCUGCUUUUCCCAAGGAGGAGCUGCUGGAAUAUGCCGAGUUCGAGGAUCCUGCCAAGGAAAUGGAGGAAGAUGAGGAAGCGCUACCAGAUACAACGGACGGCAAGGCGAGAAUAGUGCCCGGCGCAGACCCUGGCGCCAGUGGAUUGGAUGACGCUGCCUCACAGGAGGAUGCUGAAAUGACAGAUUUGAUGGAAGUCGCACCCGGCACAAUGCCGCGCAAAGAGCGCAACGGCUCGGGGUCCGACGAUGAUGACGAUGAUGAUUCUGAUGAUGAUAUUAAUGUGGUGAUUGGCGACAUUAAAUCAGCACCCAGCACGUACAACAUUAAACAACGACCCAAUCUGCUGGCAGGCGCAACAGCUGCAGACAAAGCCAAGCCAACAGCUCAGGCCGGCAAGUUCAGUAUCGAGGACUUCGAGGGCGCUGGCACCAUUAACGGCGUCGCCGUGCACGAGUUCAGUAUAGACUCGCUGGAGGAGAAGCCCUGGCGCAAGCCCGGUGCUGACAUAACCGAUUACUUUAACUAUGGCUUCAACGAGGAAACGUGGCGCGCUUAUUGUGAGCGCCAGAAACGAUUCCGCGUGGCUGAGAGCGGUGUAGGCCUGGCCAGUCUAACCCAAAAUGUGAAUCAAAGUGCCACGUCAAUGGGCAUGCCCGAUGGCGGCAACAGUGGCGGUUUAAGCGGGCCAAUGGGCAUGGGCGGUCCCAUGCAUCAUCACCAGCCGUUGGUUGUCUUGGGCGAUGGACCCAUGCAAAUGCCGCCGCCAGGAAUGCCGCCCAUGAUGCAGCAUCAGCCGCGCCCUGGCAUGGGCAUGAUGGCGCGGCCGCCACGUCCCAUAUCUACGACUGGGGGCGUCAAGGAGAAUGCCAUACAGGUGAUGACGGCAGAGUGUCGUGAGUAUUCGCGCGGUGGCCUCGGACCUAUGGCACCCAAUUUCCCUCCACCGGGUGCUGCCGAUGAGCCGUUCUUCCAUGAACCAGAACCAUUUGACUAUGGUUACGAGCCUACCCAGGAGUCACAGUGGGGCAAUGAUAACCCCGGCUGGGUGCCCACUGGCAUUAAGGAGCUAACUCCUGGCCCCGCACACCACCCGCCCCAGCAGCAGCAGCAGCAGCAGCCGCCGCCGCAAAUGGGCGGACCCCCGGGAAUGCCGCAAAUGAACGUACCACCACCUCAAAUGGGCGGACCGCCCCCACAGCUGCGGGGACAGCAUGCGCCGCCCGGCAUGAUGCCGCCCAACAUGCGCAUGCCGCACAACAUAGGCAUGGGUCCGCCGCCAGGCAUGAUGCGUAUGCCGCAUAACAUGAACAUGGGCCCACAACAGAGGAUGCCCAUGGCAAGCAAUACCGGUAAUAGCAACAACAGCAACAUACCAGCCGCAUCUUCGUCAGAUCGCAGAUCAGAGAGUUACGAUGACGAUCGCGAGCGGCGGCGGCGAGAGAAGGACAAGCAACUGAAAAAAGAACAGCUACGUAAAGACUUUCUGGACAUGCUGCGUGAGCGGCACGAUAUUGAGCGCCAUACGCGCUGGUAUGACAUUAAGAAAAAAUUCGAAUCGGAUCCGCGUUAUCGGGCUCUGGAUUCGGCCUAUCGCGAGGAGUACUUUGAGGACUAUUUGCACAUACUAAAGGAGGAGAAGCGUAAGGAGCGCGAUCAUAAGGAGCGCGAUAGGGAACGAAGCAAUCGCGACAAGGAGCGCUCUCGCGAUAAGGACAAAGACAAGGAGAAAGAGAAGGACAAAGAAAAGGAUAAGGAUAAAGAUAAGGAUAAAGAGAAGGAAGGAAGCUCAAGGCGCGAGGGACGUUCGCGAUCGCGUGACAAGUCCAGUCGCCGGAAAUCCAAGUCGCGCGAAAAGGAUCGCAGCGAGCGCAGCAGCAAGCAAAGCACCUCUUCAACAUCCAACUCGUCCAGUCGAAGCGAGAAGAAGAAAUCACAUCGUAAGGACAAAGAGGAGGAGGAAUAGCAUUUACUUAGAUAUUAUAUGGAAGAGCAUACCGUUCCUUGAGCUGGCUACACCCACAUAUGCACCAAUACACGAUAACUAAAAACAAAUGCAAACAAAUAAAAAACACUUCCAUUAAUAAAAUCCUACAACUUAAGCAAAA